CCAAGGCAAUCACAGCACAGGACAAAAAGUUGGGAGCAGCGAUAUGUAGACGCGCACACGGCGCACUUUACCACCGAGUUUUUUGUUUGCCCGUGCCACAUCGGUUUGAGCGAGUCCCGGUAACUGUGCGUAAAGGUGAGCGAGGCAGCGCUGAGGGGAAACAUAAGGAGACGACGAGGGCGCCUCAGCAAGGAAACAAGUGCAGUGAGAAAGAUACGGUCUCUCUCUCACACACACUCCAGCACAGCAGCCGCGCCCGGAUCACAACCCGCAGCAAAGCGCUCUCCCUGCUCUCCUGCUAUAGCAUGGCCAGUUCGAGUAAAGCGACUUUAAUCUUGCUCAUCUACGGAAUCUUAAUGCACUACAGCGUCUUCUGCACACCUAUCGGACUAAGUUACCCUAAAAUCAGACUUGAAAACGACGCCUUCGAUGAGGAUGGGAAUUCAUUAUCCGACAUGGGCUUUGAUGGCGAUCAGAUUGCUAUACGAAGCCCACCAUCCCUAAACGACGACGCGUACACUCUAUACUACCCGCCAGAGAAGAGAGCAGAAAGGCAUGCUGAGGAAGAAUUAGAUAGAGCCUUGAGGGAGAUCCUGGGUCAGUUAACAGCGAGACAUUAUCUGCAUUCUCUGAUGACAAUUCGUGCAGGUGAUGACAACAGCAUGGAGGACGAGUCAGAGCCCUUAUCCAAAAGACACUCAGAUGGGAUCUUCACCGACAGCUACAGUCGCUAUAGAAAGCAGAUGGCCGUGCAGAAAUACCUGGCAGCGGUUCUGGGAAGAAGGUACAGACAGAGAGUUAGGAACAAAGGACGCCGACUUGCCUAUUUGUAGCGUUGUUAAAGCGCCCCAGCUGCCCUCCUGUGUAUAUACAUCCAGUCGUUAAAUCAAAGUCAUUCAGAUAUAUCUGACCAACCAGUGGAUUGCGCCUGUGUUCUUUCAACAUGUAUUUAUGUAUGAAGUAAAGCCAUUAAAAUGAAUAUUUUAAUAAUAA